AUGCUAUAUGCUUGGUCCUGUGGUCGUCUCCGUCCAAUGAUCACUAUAAUAGAGAACGUCAUUGGACGUGCCGAUGCAGGCCUUUGGAAGCAAGAAAUCAAGGGCCUGGUGUCGUCGCUCACUGAUCCAGGAUAUAAAGAAUCUGGUAACCUAUGCCAUGACUUGUUGAACUUCCUUGAAAGUGCAAGGGAAUCCCUCAAGAAGUCAGAAUUGACUCGAGUUGUGGAGGAUGAGGGAGAAGGAAGCAAACCCAAAGAACCACAGGCAAGGAGGACAUCAAAGAGAAUUGUCGAUAAAGCUCAAGCUAUGGAAAAUAAGGGAGAACUGAGCAAACCCAGCGGAUCAAAUAAAGGAAAAAGUGAGUCAACUCAAGCGGAGGACGACAAGCCCAAUAGGCCAAGCAGGGAUAAGGUACCAAGGAAAAAUUUUGUGUUGGGACCCGACAAGCCAUUCCAGGUCACAUCAGAGGAGCAUCCGAUCAAGCAAGCAUCAUUCAAGGAGAUCAUUGAUAAUAUUACUGGAUCAUGCUUGAAGAGAAACCGAUCAAACCUCGGAGAAAAAGAGACCUCCAGCCAAAAUGUCAAGUUUGGUCCCAGCCUGAGAGAGAAGUGUCUGCAAGAGCAAGCCAGAUUUGCCUUUCAGUACGUGCAUGUGCACAUGAACUUCGUCCUCAGGCUGGUGACGAGCCUAGGCUACCUCUACACUUAUGACGAAGGAGCAUCUCUGGACUACUCAAAAGCAAUGAAUAGGCGCCUCGAGGUGGCCAAUCAAGAAAAAGCUUAUACUCAGGCCAGUCUAGGCGAUAUAUAUUAUGAUGGCUAA